CUCGCUCCGGUUCGCGCCGCGCCCCCGCGCCGAGUCCGCGCGUCAGUCGGUCCCGAGCGCGGCUGCGAGGCGGCGGGCUGCAGCUAACCUAGUGCGCCGGCCAGGGAGGUGGUGUCCGCGGGCGUCGCGGGAGGAGACUCGGAGCCCAAGACUCGCGCAGCGCCAUGGCCCCCAUUGGCCUCAAAGCCGUGGUCGGAGAGAAAAUCAUGCAUGAUGUGAUCAAGAAGGUCAAGAAGAAGGGGGAAUGGAAGGUGCUGGUGGUGGACCAGUUAAGCAUGAGAAUGCUGUCUUCCUGCUGCAAGAUGACAGACAUCAUGACUGAGGGGAUAACAAUUGUGGAAGACAUCAACAAGCGCAGAGAACCGCUCCCCAGCCUGGAAGCCGUGUAUCUUAUCACUCCUUCCGAGAAGUCAGUGCACUCUCUCAUCAGUGACUUUAAGGACCCUCCGACUGCUAAAUACCGGGCUGCACACGUCUUCUUCACGGACUCUUGUCCAGAUGCUCUGUUUAAUGAGCUGGUAAAAUCUCGAGCAGCCAAAGUCAUCAAAACACUGACGGAAAUCAACAUUGCAUUUCUCCCAUACGAAUCCCAGGUGUAUUCUUUGGACUCUGCUGACUCUUUCCAAAGCUUCUACAGUCCCCACAAGGCUCAGAUGAAAAACCCUAUCCUGGAGCGUCUGGCGGAGCAGAUUGCAACCCUCUGUGCCACCCUGAAGGAGUACCCGGCUGUGCGGUAUCGGGGGGAAUACAAGGACAAUGCCUUGCUGGCUCAGCUAAUCCAGGACAAGCUUGAUGCCUAUAAAGCUGAUGACCCAACAAUGGGAGAGGGUCCAGACAAAGCACGCUCCCAGCUCCUGAUUCUGGACCGUGGCUUUGACCCCAGUUCCCCAGUGCUCCAUGAACUGACUUUUCAGGCUAUGAGUUAUGAUCUGCUGCCUAUUGAAAAUGACGUUUACAAGUAUGAGACCAGUGGCAUUGGAGAGGCGCGAGUGAAGGAAGUGCUCCUAGAUGAGGACGAUGACCUGUGGAUUGCGCUACGCCACAAGCACAUCGCGGAGGUGUCCCAGGAAGUCACCCGGUCUCUGAAAGACUUUUCUUCCAGCAAGAGAAUGAAUACUGGAGAUAAGACCACUAUGCGGGACCUGUCCCAGAUGCUGAAGAAGAUGCCCCAGUACCAGAAAGAGCUCAGCAAGUAUUCAACCCACCUGCACCUUGCCGAAGACUGUAUGAAGCAUUACCAAGGCACUGUAGAUAAACUUUGCCGAGUGGAACAGGACCUGGCAAUGGGCACAGAUGCAGAAGGGGAGAAGAUCAAGGAUCCCAUGAGAGCCAUUGUCCCCAUCCUGCUGGAUGCAAAUGUCAGCACUUAUGACAAAAUCCGUAUCAUCCUUCUCUACAUCUUUUUGAAGAACGGCAUCACAGAGGAGAAUCUGAACAAGCUGAUCCAACAUGCCCAGAUUCCCCCAGAGGACAGUGAGAUCAUCACCAACAUGGCACACCUCGGUGUGCCCAUCGUCACGGAUUCCACGCUGCGCCGCAGGAGCAAGCCAGAGCGGAAGGAGCGCAUCAGUGAGCAGACCUACCAGCUCUCACGGUGGACCCCGAUCAUCAAGGACAUCAUGGAGGAUACUAUCGAGGACAAACUUGAUACCAAGCACUACCCAUAUAUCUCCACCCGCUCCUCUGCUUCCUUUAGUACCACCGCUGUCAGCGCCCGCUACGGGCACUGGCACAAGAAUAAGGCCCCGGGGGAGUACCGCAGUGGCCCUCGCCUCAUUAUUUUCAUCCUCGGGGGUGUGAGCCUGAACGAGAUGCGCUGUGCUUAUGAGGUGACCCAGGCCAACGGCAAAUGGGAGGUGCUGAUAGGUUCUACUCAUAUUCUUACUCCCACCAAAUUUCUCAUGGACCUGAGACACCCCGACUUCAGGGAGUCCUCUAGGGUAUCUUUUGAGGAUCAGGCUCCAACAAUGGAGUGAGAGCCAAAGAAAAAAGAUCCACGCACAUUCUCACCCCACAGAAACUGCUGGACACGCUGAAGAAACUGAACAAAACAGAUGAAGAAACAAGCAGUUAAAAAAAAUAAGCUGCCCCCCAGGCCACGCCCCCUUCCCACAGUGCUCCGCAGUUCCCUAGCGCGACGCCUUGGUUGCUUUGCUGCCUCCCAGCCCUGCACGCUCUGGCCAGCCCUGUCGCGCUGCAUUCUUGUGUUUCAUGAUGCCCUCUUUUCCUUGGAACAAAAGAGAAUAAUGCAUUGUGUUUUUUAAAAGAGUAGUUCACGUGCAAGCGCUGUGCCGCGGAAGUCUGUGAACUCUAGAAUGAAUGAACGACUCCCCGUUAUUUAUGAUUCUGUGACCUUGUACAUAGUCCCAGCAAAUUGCUUGUGUAUGGAAAGGCAGAAGAUUGGGUGUAAUUAUGAUCUUGUUUUGGGUUGUCCCUGUUCUUGUUGGGAUUCAUAGAAGUGUCUGUGUUCUCAAAGUAUUUCACACUGAGGAUGAAUCUGUUCUCUUCAUUCCAGUCCCUCCCCUUGGUGUCUGUUUUCAUGCAGAUCAGCUGAGAAGUGACAAUCAGGGUCAGACACAUUGUGAGGUUGGAGAUUCUCCCCCUAGUACUCCCUGCCCCUGGCAGCACAGCUGUGGGUAGAGACGGGAUGUUCACACAUAGCCAGGCUGGAUAUUGGCUAGCAGCUUCUCUGCAGCUGCCACUGCCCUCCCGGGUUGUGACCCUGAGGGAAAUCCUGCCGCCUGAGUCACCACAGUGUGUGAAAAGCAGUCACUUGUUGGGACCUCCAUCUCCUCUAGUGAAUAGUUAGGCCUGCCCACUUGACCGUCAGACCCUUUCCUCUCUUACCAUCCCUAACAGCUGCUUUUCAUGAGCAGCGUCAGCUUGGGCAGGGGACCUGAAGAACAGUGCCCUGCUGUCCUUAUUCAUUGGAUUGAGGCUGAAUCUGUCCCCACCUUGCAAGCAACAUUUGUUAAGAUUAUCCUCAGUUUAAGAUACCCAUGGUUCUUUAUUUUGUGUAUUGUGCAGUCAUGUCAUCGUGGUCGUAAGAGGAAAUGAUCAUUUUGCUCUCUGUAUAAAAAUAUAGCUAUAAUGCAGAAAUUAAAGAAACAGAUGCUGGAAGGAUGUCUCCUCAUCCUCAGGACUCAGCAGUUUCCCAGUCACUGGGAAUAAGCACACCGCUUAUCCUGCUGCUGUUGUUGCAAAAUAUGACAGUGGAAGUCACAAAAACGUCCCUGCCUAGCCCCCACUCCCUCUCCCUCCCGCAGACUGUGUGUAUCUUACUGUGUCUUGUGAUGUCAUUGCAAAUGUGAUAUAUGCUAAUUCAGCUCAGCGCAGCCUCCGCCUUCCUUCGAUAUGUUCCUUGCCCGUCCUGUUUAGAUGCAUUGUGCCGUUCUCUUCUCCAGGCUUUCAAACCUCCCUGUGCACUCAGAUUAGUAUUCAGGUCUCCUCUGGUUAGCCUUCUCCCCUUAAGAGAUCUUAUUUCCUUAGGACAGAACUAUAGGGCCUUGCAUUGGUUUGUUUCUUAUCGUUGCUACUUGUUUUGUCCCCUCUCUCUGACCAAGCAAUGCUCAUGCUUCAGGACUUUGUUUGUCAAACAUGUCAGUUUUCCUUUCUGUUAUUUAUAUAAAAAUAAUUUAUCAAAAGGAUAUUUUAAAAACCGCUAGUCUGUCUUGAAACUUGUUUAUCUUUAAAUUAUCAGAAUCUCAGUGUUUGAAAGUAUUGAAGCACAAACAUGUAUCAUCUCUGUACCGUUCUGUACUAAAGCAUUCGAGUCUAAUAAAUAAAUAAAUCAGUGCCCACUCACA